AUCCAUCCUGCCCCGGCACUUCUCUCCCACCCCCACAGACAGGAAACCAAAGAAAAAAGAGCGAAACGAAUCCUUUCAGAUACAGACACACACACGCACGUUUCGUACCGAGAGAAAAAAGUAACGAGGCAAAUGUCGGUUGCCGACAUCCGCGGAAAUCCCUCUGCACAGCGCCUACUUUGAGCACGAGAUACCACCCAACCAUCCGCUCUCUUUUCUCUCACUACCUUACCUCACCUACCUCUACCCUUUUUUCGGCCCCAGCUCCCCCCUCCCCUCCGACCAGAAACUUCGGCUUCGCGCCUCCCGCUGUCGCCAUGGCUACCAACGCUGACAUCAUCACGCUUGACAACUUUGAGGAGCUGCUGUCAAGAUGGGACCCCGCAGGCUCCAAUCACCUAUAUGCGAUUGUUGAUAUGGGCAGCAACGGCAUCCGCUUCUCCAUCUCGGACCUCACCCCGCCCCAAACCCGCCUCCUCCGGCCCAUCUACCGCGAACGCGCCGGCAUCUCCCUCUUCGAUGCCCUCAACUCCGCCUCCACCGCCACCUCCGAACCCCUCACCUUCCCUCCCGAGACAAUCACCCAAGUCGCAAAGACCCUAGCCCGCUUCCGCCGCAUCGCCGUCUCCUAUGGCGUCCCGCCCGCCCACUUCUCCGUCCUCGCCACAGAAGCCAUGCGCCGCGCCGCAAACGCCCGCGACAUGCUGACCGCCAUCCGCGAGGCCGCCGACAUUGGCGUCCACGUUCUCGCCCCCGAGGUCGAGACCCUCUUUGGCGCCGUCAUGGGCUCGCGAUCUGCCUUCGUUGACGUCGCGCGCGGCGGGCUAUUCCUUGACCUCGGCGGGGGCUCCGUGCAGAUGACCUGGGUCGACACCCGGCUGCCGGACUACGAGGUCGCCGCCGCCAAGGCGGGCGAGAGCAUGCCGUUUGGCGCCGCAAGGCUCAUUCGCAUCCUCGAGGGGCAGUCGGAGGAAGUUCGCACGCAGGAGAAGGAGAAGCUUAACGCAAGCAUGCAGGGCGCCUUUGCGAAGCUGUGCGCCAAGUUCCCCGCGCUCGCGCAGGCAAAGGCGGACCACGAGGCCGCCCACUCCUCCUCAGCCACCACCACGAACGGCAGCACCGUGGUACCCGGCGGCAUCGACGCCUACCUCUGCGGCGGUGGUUUCCGCGGCUACGGCUGCAUGCUCCAGCACAACGACCCGAUCCAGCCGUACCCGAUCCCCUCGGUGGGCACCUACACCGUGACGGGCGACUUCUUCAAGCAGACGGACAAGAUGCGGCGCGUCAACCGCGAACACGAGGGUAAGAUCUACGGAAUGUCGAAGCGCAGGCGGCAGCAAUUCCCCGCCAUCAUCGAGGUCGUCGAGGCCUUUAUCCGCACCGUCCCGCACCUGCGCACCGUCACCUUCUGCGGCGGCUCCAACCGCGACGGCGCGCUGCUAAUGAAGCUGCCCAAGAGCGUGCGGGAGAGUAACCCGCUCGAGGCGCUCGCCGGCUUUCCCAUCCAGGGUCACGAGGAGAGCGGGGGCGCAGGAAGCGGCGGGGACUUGGCUGUCGCGCAGGCGAUUCUGCGGACGCUGUACGGCGCCGUGCCGAAGAAUGUGGACGUCUCGCGGACGCCGACGGUGUUCUCGCUGGGUCUGGGACCGCUUUUUGCGAGGCAGGUUUGGAUUCACCAGGGCGAGGACGACGAUGCGAACGCCUCGUAUGCGUUGCAUGAGGCUGUUACGCGGGAUCCCAGCGCGCCUGGGCUGACGCACCUUGCGAGAGCGGUGUUGGGUCUGACGGUGUGCGCGAGGUGGGGGUCGAACUUGGGCCCGAUUGAUGCGCAGCUGUACGGGAACCUGAGGGGUCUCGUCGCGGAGGCGAAGCUGGAGAGCGUGUUUUGGGCAGAGUAUCUUGGCGCCGUGGCGGCUGUCAUGGUUGAUCUCGCGCCGGCGUGGCCUACUAGUGUCGAAGAGCUCAAGUCGACUUUGAGAUUCGAAGCUACGCAGACGUCGGACCCCGAGAAGAAGAGGGCGAGCAUUGAUCUGACCGUCCACGUAGCCCCCGGCGCGGCAGUUGGCAUCGACCCCGCGGACGUCAUGGGCCGGUUGGCGAAUGUUGGCAAGAAGCGCAAGGAUGGGACCAAGCCGGAUAAGAAGGUUUCGGUCAAGAUUGUGGAAAUGAAGUAGUAGUAGCUAAUAGUGUUCGGUCUUGUUUUGGGCUGUUUUUUUUUUUGACGAGUCGAUGAAUCUUAUGAAAGAUACCCCCCUCACUUCCCUCCGUCACUCACCAAGUCCGAACCUGGCUUUGCUUUUCUACUACUAGUGAUGUGUGUCUGUGAGUAUGCGAGUAUCAACCAUGCCUUGCCUUCCGGUGUCAACGACAUAGCUGUGUUUGUAUUACUUUUGAUUUAACACUUACGUCUGAACUAGACACAUGAAGUUCACUAAGUGAAUCCAUAUCUGAUGUUGAAUUCUCUCAGAGUAAGAUGACUUCUAUUUGAUGUUCGAUAGCUAGAACCAUAUCUUUUAUGGCUUUUUAUAUUAAGGAUAUUUAUUUACGACUACUUAAAUAACGAC